AAGAACAGAGCGAGGAAUAUAAAUAUCAAGGGGAAAUCUAAAUUAGCUUCAUUUACUAGUAUCAACAAUCAAUAUGUACUCUUCAAUCGUCCAAACACUGGCAGUAGUAGCAUCGUUAGCUGCAUACUCAGUUGAUGCAACUGCGCUGCGACGAAGUACUAAAAGGCUUUCACAAGGUACCUCCUGGACUUUAGAAGCAUGGGGAUAUGACGAUAAAAGCAAAGGUUAUAUGAUUGACAUCGAUCUACAAACAAAAUCAAAGGAUUAUGUAAAAUCUCUUGCCAACGGAGGACAGUACGUGGUGUGCUAUUUCAGUGCAGGCACUGCCGAGGAUUGGAGACCAGACUAUCUUGCCAUGAUGGAGUAUGCUUCACAAAAUAGUCGAUACCCCGGAGAGCACUGGAUGGACAUCACCCGGUGGUCUAGUUUCAAGCACUUAAUUAAAGCUAGGAUGGAGGAAGCAGUCGAAAAGGGUUGUCACGGAAUAGAAACCGAUAAUACAGAUGCAUAUGAAUAUGGCAGUACAGCCGUGAAAGGCGAAACCAAGGAGAGUUUAAAGCCGUAUCAAAUUGCCUACUUACGUUGGAUGGCAGAUACCGCUCACGAUUUGGGUCUUGAGAUUGCAUUGAAGAAUACCGUCGAUUUGAUCCCAGACCUAAUUGACCAUAUGGACUACGCGAUCAAUGAGUCUUGUGCUAAGUUCUCAGCAAACUCGUACUGCAGUAACUAUGAAGCAUUUGUGAAGCAGGACAAGGCUGUGUUCGGGGUUGAAUAUAAUACCAACGGCGAUUGCAAGGAUGCACAAGCCGAAGGAAUUAUGCGAAAAUACAAAAACUCGAAUGGAAAUCAAUGGGUAAAUUGCUAAUCUAGUGGACGAUAAGAUAUGCAUAUGCAAACCUAUUACAAAAAUAUGAAGAGUCUGUCACUCUUAACAAAAAUGCAAAGAAUAAAAUAAAUAGCCACCAAUAUGCUAUAUAAAUGGUGCAAGAGUAAUACAU